AAAAAUUCCCGCUCUAAAAUGCUUCAAUAAUUAUGGACAGAAUCAACUAAACCAAAAUCUCUAGAUUAAUUAGAUUACCACGAAGAAAUAAGUGAGAUGUUAAGAAAACUAGCUAAAAAUUCUGAUUUCCCUCAUUUAUUAUUUUAUGGUCCAAAUGGAGCUGGAAAGAAAACAAGAGUGCUUUCAUUUCUUAAGGAAGUUUAUGGAUCAGGAGUUUAUACUGUGACAGAAGAAGAAAAAGAAUAUAAAAUUAAUGAAACCUCAAAUACAACUACUUCUUGUACUGUAUUAUCAUCUAAAUUUCAUAUUGAUGUUGCACCUUCAGAUGCAGAUCAUCAUGAUAAAGUUAUCAUUUAGAAAUUAAUCAAAGAAGUAGCAAGUUCACAUCAAGUAAAUAGCAAAUAAACUAAAGAUUUUAAAGUAAUACAUAAUAAACAUUAAAAUAGGUUGUAAUAAUAAAUGAAGUAGAUAAUCUGACAAAAGAAGCUUAGGCAUCAUUAAGAAGAACUAUGGAAAAGUAUAUAGAAAGAUGUAGAAUCAUUUUGAUUUGUGAAUCUUUGGCUAGAAUAAUCAGUCCAAUUAGAAGCAGAUGUCUAUUAAUUAGAAUACCUGCACCAAAUGUAAACUAAAUUGCUCAUAUCUUGGAUAAGAUAAGUACACAAUAUAGUUGUAAAAUCAAUCCAACAUUAAUUAAUAAAAUUGCUAAUGCUAGUAAUGGCAAUCUUAGAGAAGCUAUUUUAUAUUUACAAUCUACAAGAGUUAGUAAUACAUGUAUUAAAGAUGAUUAAAAUAUUGCUGCUCAAGAAUGGAAAAUACACAUCUAAAAUAAUAUAGUCAUCCCAAUAAUAAAAAAUUAAUAAGUUGAAACUAUGAAAGAAAUCAGAGAAAAAUUCUAUUAAUUAUUAGUUAAUUGUAUACCAAUAGAUAGAAUUAUGUUCGAAAUGCUUCAAGGAAUAAUUAAUCAUUAUAAAGAUCAUGCACAAAAAACUAUUCUUUAUGAAUUCAUUAAAUCAACUGCAAAAUGUGAAAAUAGGGCAAGAUAAGGAUCCAAAGGCAUUGUUCAUUUAGAAGCAUUAGCAGCAGAAUAUAUGACAAUUAUAAAAUAGUUUGCUUGA